AUUUUCAAGAAAGUAAAGUAAAAGUCUGUUAUCGCUUCCUUCUCAUAAUUCAGAAAUCCUGUCAUCAUUGUAACAGUGAUUUCAGCUGAAACGAAACCGACUAAUAGGUAGUACAAAAUGCGUUGAUCAUUAUAAAUUGACCUUCAUCCGCCUUCAUUAAUUGUGACGCUUCUAAUGCAGAAUUUAUUUUAAGCAGUUUUGUGUUCGUAAUGUGAUGUAGCUAAACUAUGAUUGCACCGUGAUGUUGCGUUCUUUUCAGAAAUAUGAAUAAAGCAGACGGUUGUCAGACAGAAGUAUGGCUGAUUUAAGGGCGGUGCAAAAUAUAGCACUGAGUGAAAGAAAGAAUGUGCUGUAUGUGAUAAUAAUAUUAAUAUCGGUGUGUGUCUUGGCGACCAUUAUAAUUGUCUGGAAACUGAAUAGUUUUGAGGCAGAUAACAUUUGCGCCUCAAGAGAAUGCCUAACAUCCUCGUCCUUCGUUUUGGACAUACUGGCCACAGACGUAGACCCUUGUGACAACUUCUAUAAUUUCACAUGCAGAAAUUAUAAAGGACACCUUCUUAUACAUAAUUUUCAGCAAGGUAUUAACAAAUUCGUUCGUGAAUUCAUUACAAGUCCAAUCCAAGAGGGCGACUCUAGAUCAAUCAAACUUCAGAAAAAAUAUUACCACGCAUGCAUGAAUGUAACUAGCAUCGAGGAAGAUCAAAAUAAGACGCUGAAGAAAUUUUAUGAAGAGUUAGGUGGCUGGCCUCUAUUGAAAGGUAGCACUUGGAAGGAAGAGGCGUUUGAUUGGGGGAGAAUUGUGGAAAAAUCUAAAGAUAUCGGCUUCUAUUACGAUUGGUUCAUAAACAUUCAAAAUUUUGAAGAAACUAUCUAUGAAAAUAAACUAUAUGUAACGUUCCCCGACAAUGUAAAUGAAAUCGACAAUACAGUGAAAGAUAAUUAUGUAACAUUGAUGACCAAUGUUGCAAUAAUAUUGGGUGCUCCAGGAAAUUUGUCAAAUAUAACGGAAAGCGUGAGCCGGGUGGUGGAAUUUGAAAUUGGUUUGUUGAUGAUUAUACAAGAUUUGAUGCACAAUGUAACAUAUGAGAAGUUUACAAUGGAUGACAUAAAAUAUAAAUAUCCUAAUAUGCCGUGGCCUUCUUUAUUUAAAUAUGUAAUAUUGCCUAAGAAUGAGAAAAUAAUCUUCAAUUUGCAUUCAUAUAUUCCCAAAUUAGAAGCAUAUUUAAACGCAACUAAUAAAAGAGUUCAGGCUGAUUACAUUUUUUGGAAAUUAACAGAAUCAUUCUCUACGUUGCUGACAUACGCUAUAAGAAAAGAAUUUGAAAACUAUGCGGACAUCUCCAAACAUUACCAAUUUGCGAAAGAAAGAGAGAAUUACUGUUAUGGUAUUACCAACACAGUAUUUGCUUAUGUCUCAGAAGCAGAAUUUGUCAGGAAAUAUGCAGUCGAAAAGAAAUCUAUUAAAGAAAUGGUGACUCGUAUAGCACAAGUGUUACGUAAGCAUAUAGAAAAAGUUACAUGGAUGAGUGAAGCUGUUAAACAUGUUACUUAUGAUAAAAUCAAUAACAUGACUAUUGUUAUUGGAGGACCAGACAAAAUGUACCAUGAAGAAGAGUUUGACAAAUUUUUAGGCAUUGCUGAGAUCAAUCUAUCUGAUCUUCACAACACCAUCGAAAUAGUAUGCGAAGUGGACAGAAGUAGAGAUAUGUUCAACCUUGACUUCAGAAAACCAAUACUGAAUAUCAAGGAAGCCCAGUUGUAUCAAGGUGUCACCAACUUAGGGUUUAUAAAAUAUAUGCCUGGUGAAAAUAUAAUGUUUUUACCUGCUGCAGCUUUAGACGGUAUAUUUUACUCAUCAAGCAGACAGAAUUACUUGAAUUAUGGAGUAAUUGGUACGAUUAUAGGACAUGAAUUAGGGCAUGGUUUCGGACUACUGGCAACUUUAAGUUCAGAGACAAUAUUGCAAAAAAAUGAUUCGUUGGAAGAAUUCUUUGAGGCUGCAAACUGCUUAAUAGAAGACUGCAAUAAUAUUGGCAUUGAAAAUGUAAUCAAUAUGGAUUGCAAGGAAACAUUCGAAGAAAAUUUCGCAGAUUAUGUAGGAAUUAAUCUUUCAUACGAGGCUUACAUAGAUCUGGAAAGGAACCAUGGAAUGGAAAGCAGUUUACCGGGGUUGAAUUAUAAUUCAAAACAACUUUUCUGGAUAAUAUAUUCUUCCAUAAUGUGUAAUAAUGUAGAUGUAAAUAAUGCAGAAGGUUUUAUCCAUAUGUUACCAUUUCAACGAAUUCUAGGUGCCUUUAGAAAUUCAGAACACUUUGCCAUGGAUUUUAAUUGUCCUAUUGGAAGUAAUAUGAAUCCAAAAGAUAAGUGUAAAGUGUUGUAAUUUAUAUGCAAAUAAAAAUGUUGAAUACU